AUGGCUACCCCCAGUGCCCUUACUCUUGAUGCUAAGGGUCGUGCCGUUGACUUUGAGGUCUGGGUCGAUGACCUCCAGCUGUUUCUCCAGUGCGAUAGGACAGACGGACUCUCUCUGUUCGAUCUCACCUCUGGUGUCUCUCCUGCCCCGACUGCCACUGCUGACAGCACUGUUCGCUCACAGUGGGCGACACGCGAUGCUGCUGCUCGCCUUGCUGUGCGUCGCCACUUACCGACCACUGAGCGUGCACACUUUAGCCAGUACAAGAGUGCUGAGACCUUGUACGACGCUGUAGUUGCACGCUACUCUUCCCCUGCCACUGCUGCACUGAGCCGCCUCAUGCUGCCGUACCUCUUCCCUGACCUUGCUGCCUUUCCCACAAUUGCUGACCUCAUUACGCACCUCCGCACUAGUGACACUCGCUACCGCGCUGCGCAUCCUGCUGAGGACCACUUCCUCUCAGUUUGCCCCACCACUCUCACCGUUGACCUCCUCGAGAAGGGCCUCCUAGCAGCAGAGAAGAGCAUAGUCGUUGUAGGAGCCUCUCGUGGUGACCCUCGCACCCCCGUCUUUGAGGGGUGUUCCCCCUCCCCCCUCUUGCACUCUGUUGCUUCUGCUGCUGCGGCCGACCUCGUUGGUUUCGAGUCGGUCGGCGCUACGUCUGCCCCUAGCGGGAGACGCCGCACCGGCAAAGGCAAGGGGGGCAAGGGCGCUGGAGGGGCUGGCGGGGGCGGUGGAGGUGGUGGUGGAGGCAGUGGAGGGGGUGGGGGUGGUGGUGGGAGUGGUGGCGGGGGUGGCGGCGGCAGCGGCAGCAGUGGAGGCGGAGAAGGCGGCGGUGGUGGCGGAGGGAGCGGAGGUGGCGGAGGAGGCGGAGGUGGAGGAGGCGCAGGAGGCGGCGGCGGCAGCAGUGGACCUGGUCGCGGCUCUACGCAGAGGAGUGGCUCCGAUGGUGGUACGCGCCAGCAGCAGCAGAGCAGUCGUGAGACCCUGUCGCCUCAGCAGCUUCGUAUGUGGUACGCUGCGCGUCAGCGCGGUGGGGGUACGGGUCCCUGCACCUACGUUCCCUCCACCGGCGACCGCACUGGUGAGCAGUGCGGGGCCCCGCACUCCACCCAGCGCUGCUUCGGCCGCCUGACGGACGCGUGGCGUCACCAGUUCCAUGGGCCCUCUGAGAUCCCUCGCUGGGGAGAGCUGUCUAGGGCGGGGGUUGCUAUCUUUGAUCUUGAUUUUGCGUCGUGCCCUCUCACGGCCCCUUCGCGUCGCCUUUAG